AUGGGAGAAUCUGUCUGUCUUGUGAGAUCUUUCUCUCAACCUGCAGAGAUUUCAUCGAUUGAAACCAACGAGGCGGUUUCUCGUCGUUUUCUUACGGAAUCAGUAUCGUUUGGUAGAUUUGCGUCAGAGACUCUACAAUGGGAGAAAUGGUCAGCUUUUACUCAGAAUCGUUACUUGGAAGAAGUUGAGAGGUUUACUAAGCCUGGUUCUGUGGCACAGAAGAAAGCUUUUUUCGAAGCUCAUUUCAAGAACCGAGCUUCCGGGAGAGCAACACAGACGAAGAUUGAAGAAGUUAAUGUUAAAGCCUGUGAUGAUGAAAUUGUGCGUGAAGAAGUACGGAAAGAUGAUAUCGUUGAUUCUUCGGAAGUACCACUUGAGGCGAAUAAUGGUAUGUCCAUGAAUAAAGAGGUGUCUAAUGCUGAGGUUGCUCCAUCAGUUUCUGUAAUAGAUGAAACAACUGAUGUUCAAACUGAUGAAGUGAAGGAUACUAGUGUCGAGAACAUUGAUUCUGUAGCUGAUGUUCAAACUGGUGAAGUGAAGGAUAUUAGUGUCGAUGAUUCUGUAGCUGUUCCUGAAGGCGAGGAUCUUGAUAAGGAGGAUUCGACUUCUUUGAGCAAAGAAAGACGUUCUAGUUCUUCUGGAUCAAAGACUUGCAGUGGAAGUUCAAAACUGGAACCCUCCUUUGUUAUAGGACUGGAUCAGCCACUUAACAAAACUAGAAAAGAGCCUCCCUCGAGUAGUAAAAGGUCAAUUAGUGUAUCGAAAAAUCAAAAUAGAUCACCUCGUGUACCCUUUCACAUGUCAAUCAGUUGUGCUCCUUCUGGUAAUAAUGCCACUCAACAUGGUUCUAGAAGCAAAACCAAUGCUAAGAGUGCAGGGAAAGCUGACAAGAAGAAGGGAUCAGGUCCAAGUUCAGUUCACAUGUCACUCAACGUUGCUUCUUCUGCUCGUCAAACGACCAAAACAGCCCCAAAAAACCUGGCAAGAAAAUCCACUACACAGGAAACAACUUCAUCAAAUGCUAGAAACAGUGUUUUCCCAAAUGGAAACGAACCAACGGGAGCUUCAAAAAGCCACAAGAGACCAUUGCCUCAAAAAACCAAAGAAGAAGGUUCUAGAGCUGCAAAAUGUUCAACCAGUGCAUCUGCUGUCAGGUUACCUGAACUUCCUCCUCCCAGUAAUCGGCUAUCAGCAGACAAAAGGAAAGGCAUAACUGAAGGUAGUUCAGUUUCAUACAAAAUACCCCACCAUGUGAAAAGGCAGCCUUCUGUCGGCUGCCAAAACAUUUCAACUCGUAGCAGAACCAAAGCAAAGUCUUUAACUGUAUCUUCUCCUUUCAACUUCAGAAGUGAUGAAAGGGCAGAAAAGAGGAAAGAGUUCUUCAAGAAGCUAGAAGAAAAGAGCAAGAAAGAAGAUAGUGGUAAAGAACAAUUGUCUUGCGGCUUCAAGGCAAAUCAAAAGACUCACUUAGUUUCAGAAGAACACAAGAAUCCACAAGUUGGUAAUUUUCAGGUGGUACCAUUGAUAAGUCCGACUUCCCCAAGAUUCCGCACGAACCAGACGUCAGGAAGAGGAAACAUUAAAAAGUCUCAUCAGUCUCCCCAUAAAGUUGCAUCAGUGAAGACCAGAAAUGCAGUAAUGGAGAAGCUCAAAAGCUGCAAGAUUCAUCCCUCACAGACAAAGAAGAAGGCUCAAGAGAAUUUGUCUCCUAAUAUCCCGCAGAACUAA